AUGAUAUUUCUCAUAAAUUUCUUAUACUUCCUAAUAACUAUUGUUCAAUUAACAAUUGCUGACUCAUGGACAGAAACAUCAACUAAUUGUUUAUGGCAUAAAUAUACUUCUAAUAAUCGUGUAACAACUAGAAUUGAUUUACGAGAUAUACGUAAUCAAAUAUUCAAUGCUUCAUUAAAUGAAUCAAUUUAUUAUUUUAAUCCAUGUAAAACAUUUAAUUAUCCAAUUGGUGAUGAUCCAUAUUCAGUUCAAGGUGAACAAUGUCAUAAUGUAUUAGGUUGUAAACGUAUACAACUAAAUGAAAAUUCUUAUGAAUAUUAUACAGUUGCUAUUAAAUUAAAUUCAACGAUAUUAUCACCAAGAACACCAUUAACUAUUCGAUAUUAUGGAAUAAAGUCAUAUGCAAAUAAAACAAUGCAUGUUCGAUGUGAAUGUAAUCGACAGAUACAUCGUGCACAAUUUAAAUUUGUUAAAUAUCAACAUAAUAAUAUGCCGAUUUUCGCCUUGACGCAUCGUUGUUGUUGUCCAAAUUUUUGUGGAGGCAAUACAUUUCCUAAAACACUCUUACUUAUUCUUCUUUUGGUAAUCUUAUUCAUUAUCGGUACAGCUGUAUGGAUCUUUUUUCAAUGUCGUCGACAUUAUCCUGAACGAAAUACAUAUGGUGCAAUAGCUUCUACGGAUAUGCAUAUACAUACAUUGGAACCGUCAGAAGUACUUAAAUCUACUACAAGUGAAAUCAAUUCUCGAGGUUUAACUAAAAAACGUACACGUAGUAAAUCCAUAGUUACUAUUCAUGAAAAUUUCAUUAUCUCAUCUGAUGAUUUUAAAAUUAUCAAACGAUUAGGUGUUGGUGAAUUAGGUGGUGAAGUAAGUCAAGGACGAUUGAAUGAUAAAUUAAUUGCUAUUAAAACAUUACGUAUUGGUGUACAUCCAGAAAAAUUUUCUUCUAAUGAUAAAACAUAUCUUGAAAAUGAAAUGCGUUUAUUAAGUAAAAUACGUCAUAAAAAUUUAACAACAAUUAUUGGUCUUUGUUUUGAUAUUGAUGUUUAUCCACGAAUACUUUUAUCAUUUUCUGAACAUGGUACAAUUAUUGAUUUUAUUCGAUGUUUUCCAACAAAAGUUGAUUGGCCAUUACGAAUAGCAUGGUGUAUAAAUACAUCUGAUGCACUUGAAUAUUUACAUCAAUCAAAUAUAAUUCAUAGAAAUUUAAAAUCAUCAAAUAUUCUUAUUGGUGUUGAUUUACGUGCACUUAUUUCUGAUUAUGGUCUUAUUUCAAUUCUUCAACCACUUCGACAAGCAUGUGAUAGUGAACGUUGUCUUUGUAAAUUAAGUCAUCCAGCUUUACCGGUGUCUAUUCGUUGGUCAUCACCAGAAAUUUUAUCUGAUCCAUCAGAUAGUUCAAGAUUUAAUUAUUCAUGUGAUGUUUAUUCAUUUGGUGUUUGUCUAUGGGAACAAAUACGUUUAGAACAACCAUAUGCUGAAAUAAAAGAUGAAGCAGAAGUUAGUCGAAUGAUUGUUGAUGGACAUCGUUUAACAUCAUUUGAAGAAACAGCAACUAUUGUUAUGUCUGAUUAUAAUCAAUUAAUGAAUGAUUGUUGGGCAAAAAAUCCCAAUGAUCGACCAACAUUUGAACGUAUUGGACAAAUUUUACGAGAUAUAUCACCAAAAGCAAAACAAUUUCGAAAAUCAUCUAUGAAAAGAUUUUCAUCAAUAAUAAAUACAAAUGAUAUGCAAGAUGAACAUCGAUCGUAUUCAAGACUUGAUUCUAAAAUAUCUACAGAUACAGCGAAACUAUCUUACCCACAUGUUUAA